UGCGGCUGCGCAGUGCCCCAGAAAUGGCUGGUUCAUCAUUACGAGUUUUACUACGGGCGAGGUGUUUGGAUACUAAAUGGUAUGCUGUUCAGCCGCAGACAGCAAUCCGCACCUUCUUCUGCAGUGGAUGUAGAAUGGGUCUCGAUGAAGAUUUUGUCAGUGCUAAAGAACGUCUAAAUGCCUUGAAGGAAGACCCAGGAAAUGAAGUCAAGUUACAGAUCUAUGCACUCUUCAAACAGGCAACUGUUGGCAAAUGUAACACACCCAAACCAGGAAUGAUGGACUUUGUGGGAAAAUACAAGUGGGAGGCUUGGAAUACUUUAGGAGACAUGUCUCAGGAUGAAGCCAAGAGCAAGUACAUAGAGGUGGUGCAGGGACUAGCAGCAGCAGAGGGCGCCACCUCCCCCCAGGUUGCUGACACUGAAUCUGCAGGGACAGGGAAGUACAAGGAAUUAACAGUACACAGAGAUGGGAAGAUGUUUGUAAUAACUCUUAAUAGACCUAAAAAGAAGAAUGCUAUUAAUUAUCAGAUGUAUGAAGAAUGGGGACUUGCCCUUGCAGAGGCUGCAGAAUCUGAUGCAACAAUUGCAGUAGUCACAGGGGCAGGAGACUACUACUGCAGUGGCAAUGACCUCAGUAACUUCAUGAACAUACCACCAGAUGGCAUUGCUGCCAUGGCAGAGGAAGGUGGGAGGAUUCUCAAGAAAUUUGUAUCAGCCUUUAUUGAUUUCCCAAAGCCUCUGUUGGCAGCAGUCAAUGGGCCGGCAGUUGGAGUGUCUGUUACUGUGUUAGGAUUGUUUGACAUUGUCUACACUACAGAUACGGCAACGUUCCACACCCCCUUCUCUGCACUGGGCCAGUCCCCUGAAGGCUGCUCAUCACUCACAUUCCCCCAAAUAAUGGGUACUGCCAAGGCCAAUGAAAUGCUGCUGUUCAACCGUAAGCUAACUGCCGCUGAAGCAAUGGAGCGUGGUCUGGUGACGGAGGUGUUUCCAGACCAUUCCUUCCAAACUGAGGUCUGGACCAGACUGAGAGAGAUGGCCAAGUUACCACCUGUGAGCCUGCGUACCUCCAAAGGACUGAUUCGAGAUGUAGACAGGGCUGCUUUGCACGCAACCAAUCAGAGAGAGUGUGACUUACUGGUAGACAGGUGGCAGUCGGACGAGUGCAUGAAUGCCAUCAUGAACUUCUUUCAGCAGAAAGCAAAACUCUGAACAACAGCGCAAUUAGUCUCUGUUUGGACUCAAAUGGUAGAUUGUGUUCUAACAACUACAGUUUUUGCGCAGGUUGAGAACUUAUGUGAAAAAUAAUCAGUCACUUAUUCUCCCUUGUGGCCUUACUUUAUUACUGUAUCAGUACAAGUAUUUCAGGACAUGUUCAUAUUUUUAAUGCAAAGUAUAAAACAGUUUAUACAUUCACAUGAUGAUUGUUUUCAUUGGCUGCAAUAUUUUAAAAUCUUAUGAGCAUUAUUUAAUUAUGCAGUUUUUUUGUAUUUUUUGU